CUUUUCUUUUCUUUAAGAAUAUAUCUAUAAAACAUGUUCAGAAUUAGAGCCAUUGUUCGUACCAGCGCACGUCUCUUACGCCCAGCCGUUGCCACUACAACCCGCUUCUCUUUGGCUUUCAAACCCACCACUGCAUUCCAGUCGAUGCGCGCUGGUCAUGGGUCAAUGGGUGCUCUGCACACUUCUGCUCGCAUGCAGGCAUGUCAAUCCGAAACACCUUCAGAACACCCUCUCUUGACCAAGUUAAAGGCAAACCCUCACAUUCUUCACAAACUGGCCGGAUUCACUGCCUUUUUGGAAGCCAAGGGAAUCGAUAUGUCUGGAGAGCAGCCAAGUAUGAUGCAAGUGGCCAAGGUGAUGAGCGACACCGAGGUUAGAGAAAAGAUCAAGGAUCUGGUAAAGGAUAUGCAAGAAGCAGAAAUUGAAUUGGACAUGUCAACAAUCUCAGAAUUGCAGGCCAGUCUGGGGGAAUGGACCAAAGAAGUGGAUGAUGGUAAAAAGGACAAGAACUAGAUAAAAGCGAAAAAAUAAAAUAAUAAUAAAUCUACAUUUGUUUUUUUUUUUUUUACACACACAUAUACGAUU